CUGAUAUAAAAAUUAGUCCACGAAAGACGUCACGCAACUUUUAUUCCGUUUGGCAAAAAAGGAAGUGAUAUGAGUUCUUACAUUUCUCUCGAAAAUAAAUCUGAUAUUGAAAUCGUUUCUUCUGUAUUUACUUCUCUUUUAGCGAAUCAAGUUGAGCUGACGAUUAUUCCGUUAAAGAUAAAGGAAGAAUUGAUUUCUUCUUUGUUAACUGAUCUCGAUGAAAAUGGAGUUCAGCAAAAAUGGAACGAUAGUGUUCGUUUAUUAGCUUUACAAACUUUAAAAAUCUUGGGACGCGAUGCGAAUGGGUGUGGUCAAUUAUUUACUGAUAAGGGAUUUAAAAUAUUAUUAACUCAUACGAAACUCCAAUCAACUGAACCAAAAUCUGAUACUCCGGUAACUCAAGAGUCAUUAACAUGUAUAGCAAAUAUGUUAUUACUUAAAGAGAGCACACGUGAUUUGUUUGACAAGUAUAAGUGUAUUUCAAGUAUAUGUCAAUUUCUCAAGGAUAAUGGAAUUUCAAUUAAGACGCAAUUUUUAUUAUCAAGAAUUUUGUUUCUUAUGACUAUUAAACCACAACCAGCUGUACAACCCUUAAUUGAUAACCUAGGAAUAAUUGAUAUUUUAUAUAAUUAUAUUAGUAAACAUCUUGAACAAUUAUCUUUACCAAAUAGUUCUUCAAAAGAAGAUAUAAAUUCGUUACCUAUAACUAGAAUUAUGGUGCUAAAUGAACAAUUAAAGCUAUUAUUUAAUUUAAUGAUAAACGAUCCUAAAAUCGAACGAGAUAAUUUAGUACAAGGAUCUAAUAAUAGUAAUAAAUUUGAAAAAUUACUUUUACCCAUAUUAAAUAUACUUCUAAAAGUACCAAAAUCAACACCAUUGCCACUUUCACCUCCACAUUCACAUGCAAUACAUGCGUUAUUAAAUUUUCCAAUUGAACCAUAUAAAUCAUUAUGGUUUCCGCCAUCAUCUAGCAAAAAAGAACAAUAUAGAGUUUGUUUCAAUCUAAUUGAUAUGUUUAAAUCAAUGAUUUAUAUAGCCGUAAAAAAUGAUCCUGAUAAAGAAAAUGCAGCGGCCGGAGGUGCUAGUGACAAUAAUCUAGAUUUUGAUGAAAUUAUUACUCCUUUGGUUGUUUUACUCAGAAAAUUAGCUGAUGAUGACGAUUAUGCAAAAAUUUUAAUAAAAGAAGAAUUAUUACCCGAUAACAUAGAUCGAAGUAAACCUUUAGAAAAAGGUGAUAGUUUUUCAGCUAGGUUAAUUGGACUUAUGACCUCUGUUAUGUUGCCACAUUUAAAAGACAGUAUUAGUGAAUUAUUAUUUAUUUUGUGUAAUCAAGAUGCAAACUUGUUCGUUCAUCAUGUGGGUUAUGGAAAUGCAGCAGGAUUUCUAUUAAGUAAAAAUAUAAUGAUGCCACCUUCGUCUUCAAAUACUUCACAUUCAGAUAAACCGAUUAAUCCUGUAACAGGACAAUAUUGUGAAAAUGAACCACCUUCUUUAUCAAAUAUGACUGAUGAAGAAAAAGAAAGGGAAGCUGAAAAAUUAUUUGUGUUAUUUGAACGUCUUAAAAAAACUGGUGUAAUGGAUGUUGUAAACCCUGUUGAAGAAGCUAUUAAAUCUGGUAAAAUUCAAGAAUAUAAAGAAGACGAUGAAGAUAAUGAUUAAAUCUAUAAAAGAGAGAAUUUUUUUAUACUAUUUAUUUUAUUUUUAAUUAAGAAAAUAAAAAAUUAUAUUAAAUAAACUUAAUUUAUUAUUUAUGUAUUUGAAAAUUAU